CUGUUUUCUGCUGGAAAAAUCACAGACACUAGAGUAGCUGAGCUGAAGGGAAAGUACACCCUGCUGCAUAAGACUGUGAUAAGUUUACAGGAAUCUGAGAUCCAGCUGUUGUAAGAAGCCAAACGGCUUAGUGUAGAACUGGAAGAGCAACAACAUGAACUGGAAAAAAUGGAACAGUUCCCUGAAGAGUAUUCCAAUGAAGUUUCCCAAAUAAGGCAACAACUUCUUAGCUGCCAAAAUGAAUACAAUGCCAUUACAGAACGAGAAUAUGAAAUUCAGUUCAAGAUGGAAUGUUUGCAAGAAGAAAAAAGGCUUCUGGAAAAUGAAUACAAAAGACUUCCAAGAAAAAGGGAUGAGCUAGUUAAGAUUCUUGGUAUUCCAGCACAGCUUGGAAAAGAAACUGAAAGGAUGAAUCGGAAAAAAAUUGAUGCAGAGAAGAAGAAAGAAGCUCUUAAUGAGCAAAUAGAAGAGCUGAAUGGUGCUCUGAAGGCCAUUGAGAAAAGUACAGAAGAGAUUUUGCAAGAAAGAGAAGAUGUAGUGAAGGAAUUGGAUGGGAAACAGAUUUUGCUAGAAAGCAAAGAACAAGAACGCAUUGCUCUGACAAAAUUACUAAAUAUUAACAGAGAGAAGGAAUCAGCAGUCCUAUCAGACAGUGGUCUUAUGCUCAGAGAUCGAGAAGAAGAAGUGUGCAUUUUGUAUGAAAAAAUAAACAUGCAGGAGAUGUUGCGUAGAAAUGGCAAUAUUGAGAUGCAAGUUAUGGAUGGAAAGAUCAGAUUUCUGAAGCUGAAGGCAGCUGAGAAGAAGAGACAGAUUCAAUUGUCAUUCAAAGCGCUCCCAGUGAAAAAUGCCCUGGAUGCACAUCUAGUGGUACUUCAGAUACAG